AUGUGCAUUGUCACUAUCUGCAAAAAGGUCUACCCCCGUGGUACCUCAUUCUGGCACGCGCACUUCGAGAUAUGCGACUAUUAUGCCUCAAACCUCUGUCAUAUCCUAUUCAUCUUCGAAGAUUUCGUGCGUUUUCCCAGACGCCGUGAAAGUGAACCAGUCAGGUCCCGCAACUUCAACUUCCGAGAACACCUGACCUGGAACGGCGGUUCUGAAUUCAUCGGUCCCAUCUCCAGCUUCAAGCCUUCAGUUGACGAAGUCUGGUAUCUGCUACUUCUCAUACUGCUCGAUUACUGGUUCAACAGAGGCGAGAGAAGAGUGAUCCAAAGGGACAGAGUCAUCGAGAGACACCUCGACAGACUAGGACCGGGACGCAUGUUAGGAGUCAUACGUUCAGUGGCCUACGAAGAGGAUGAUGACUACUACGAAGACGAGGCGUUCUUCCACGAGGAGUAUGAUGAGUUCUACGAGGGUGAUGAGGUCUACUACCAGGAUGUCGAGUACUCCCGCCAAGUAGUUGAGUACACCUACGAGCGCGUACAGUACCGUUGA